ACUCAUUCUUUCUGUACCACACCAAUCAAGGUCCCAAAACCAUGAGAAAACGUAUCAAUAUGGAAACUGAUGCUGACUUCUUCUUCAGUUCCAGUUCCACUUCCACCACCACAACCACCCCUUCAAUCUUCACACACACAAACACUUCUAUUUCUACAACAUCCUCGUCAUCUUCAUCCUCAAACUCAGAUUCAUGUAACAAACAACACUCCAAAUUAACCCUUCAGAAUGACUCAAACACUUCUCAAACCAUGUCGGAGGAGAAUGAGAAGGACUCGAAAGGGUGCAAGAAGAGGAAGUUAUUAGAGAGUCCUACAAAUGAGAGGUGCUGCCCUUCUUAUAGGGGUGUGAGGAUGAGAAACUGGGGCAAAUGGGUGUCCGAAAUCCGUGAGCCAAGGAAAAAAUCGAGAAUUUGGCUUGGGACAUACCCUACAGCAGAAAUGGCUGCUAGAGCACAUGAUGUAGCAGCCUUAGCCAUCAAGGGCCAUUCUGCAUACCUCAAUUUCCCCGAAUUGGCUCAAGAACUUCCGACACCAGCUUCGACUUCACCUAAGGACAUUCAAGCUGCAGCAGCAAAAGCAGCAAACACGCACUUUGAGGUUGUCGUUAAUCGUUGCCAAAGUACUGUUCUUGAAGAAGAAGGAGAAGAAGAAAAAGAACGAAGGCAAGUAGAACAUGUCUCAAUGGAUAACACACAAGACUCUUCAAGCUCAAACUCUACCAUUGAUGAUGAUGAGACUCUGUUUGAUCUACCAGAUCUUUUCCCUCAUGAACUUUCUUCUUGGCAUCUGUGUGCAGUUGGUAGUGGAUUUAGGCUUCAGGAGUCACUUUUUUGGGAGAAUUAUUAGUUUUUCUUCUUCUUUUUUUUUCUACAGAAAGUUAAAUAAAAAACAACAGAGGAGAGUUUUUCUUCUUGUUUAGUCUCUGCAACUGCAUUCUGGACAGAGAAUAACCAGUUGAAGAAAAGUUUACAUUUUUCUUUUCAUAUGUAAAUGAGUGUUUUUUUCUUACC